UUGGUCACCGGCUCCCGAGCUUACCGAGCUGGGGCUGCGGAGCUAAAAGAGGGAGGAGGGAAAGGGGAGGGGGUGCCUGGAGAGGUGGAGGCUCGCGCGCCUGCGCACCCAGCUCCAGCGACCCUAGGUUUUCUAUGGGAUUCCCAAUCUGCGGCAGAGACCUACCGGAGCGUGUUGCGGCUGCAGCUGGGCUGGCAAGGCGCGAUCCAAGAGGGAUUUAAGCAACCUAGAGCUCUAGGGAGAAAGAGAGCGUGAGAGAGCCACAGAGAGACGGCUUAACAGUUUACCCGAAUUGAAUAUAUAGAUAUAUUAAAAAAAGAAAAAAGAACUGUUGAGUUUUAUCAUUUGCUUUAAGUGACCGUGCGCAGCGCUAUAACUGCAGAAUGGGGAAACAGAAUAGCAAACUGGCCCCCGAAGUGAUGGAGGACCUGGUGAAGAGCACAGAGUUUAAUGAGCAUGAGCUCAAGCAAUGGUACAAAGGAUUUCUCAAGGACUGUCCAAGUGGGAGGCUGAACCUCGAGGAAUUUCAGCAGCUCUACGUGAAGUUCUUCCCAUAUGGCGACGCCUCCAAGUUUGCCCAGCACGCUUUCCGGACCUUUGACAAGAAUGGGGAUGGCACCAUCGACUUCCGAGAGUUCAUCUGCGCCCUGUCCAUCACCUCCAGGGGCAGCUUUGAGCAGAAGCUGAACUGGGCCUUCAACAUGUACGACCUGGACGGCGAUGGCAAGAUCACACGAGUGGAGAUGUUGGAGAUCAUUGAGGCUAUCUACAAAAUGGUGGGCACUGUGAUCAUGAUGAAAAUGAAUGAGGAUGGCCUCACGCCGGAGCAGCGGGUAGACAAGAUUUUCAGCAAGAUGGAUAAGAACAAAGAUGACCAAAUUACACUGGAUGAAUUCAAAGAAGCUGCAAAGAGCGACCCUUCCAUUGUAUUACUUCUGCAGUGUGACAUUCAGAAAUGAGCUGAUGUCAACGCCAUGGACUGCACAAAAGUCUCAAUGUUCCAUUCAGUCUGCAGCUAUUUACACACACACACACACACACACACACACACACACAAUAUUGCUUGGACUACCUAUAAAUGGACUUGCUUCUUGUGUUUGAAACACUUGUGUGCAUGAGAAUGUCAUUUGCUAAUGAAUUUUAAAAGCAUAUGUUAUAAAACAAAAGAAAAACCUGCCACAAUGUGAUAUGUGUAAUAUCAUUUCAUAAAAAAACUCCCUCUUCCUCCAAAGCCUGGGCAGAAAUGUGCUGCAAAGAGUUAUAUGAUUUCUUGUUCAUGUUUUGCUAAUGCUCGUGUCUCCUUGAUUACAUAAUGUUAGUGGCACUGAGACCCCACGGUAAUGUAACUUAAUUAUAAGCUGUGUCACCAUUUUCCUGUAAAAUAGUACUGGACAGACAAGCAGAGGGGCCCUUGGCUCCUGUGUCUGGUCCACACCCAAGAGCUUGUAUUAGCAAUGAAUAUAAAUGUACAUUUGCAUGCCUUUUAGGUUUGCCUUAAUUCUUACCUCAUUUGCAUCCUAUCAAUCUGGAAAGAGCUGUGUUGGAUGAAUGCAGUAUAAAAUUUAAAAGCCCUGCUAAAAUGACUCCUUAAUUAAAUCUAUCUAUCUAUCUAUAUAUAUAUACUUAUACACAAAGAUAUUAUUUAUUGGAAGUAAAAAAAAAGUAAGAUGGAAGUGUAUUGAUUUUUGCUUGAAUUUUCAAAGGCUCCCAAAGAGGUUGCAAUAGAUAUCCCAAAUAAAUUUAUAACAUUUGACAUUUUCCCCCCAAUUCUUAUUUUAUAAUUUUAAAUUUGAAACAGAUGUUCAUAAUUAUCAAGGGUUGCUUUUAACCACUUACUAAAUCUACCCUUAAACACACAACUUUGGAAUUGAAAGGAUGAAUGACGACAAAAAGGAAUAAAGCAACUUUCCAACUCUCCAAUCUAGCCCUCAAAAGAGGGACAGUUGACAUGGCAUGUGAAGUUUAAAUAAAAAUAAGACUCACUCAUCCUCAAAAAAAGGCUCAUUAGAAGACAGUAGCUCGUAUCUCAGAGU